CAGGAAUCUCGCAAAAGUCUGCUGCCAGACGCAGAUGCUUAUGGUGGUUAUUUCUCUAGAGAAGGACUGACGCCUGCUGCAUUACCCCCAAGACCUGCUCGAAACACAAUGUACAGACCAAAUACACCAUGGACCUGGGCGUUUAUGCUCGUGACGACCGCACAAGCUAUCGUUGUAUUGGUCAUGGAAUCGUAUAUCUUUGUUAGAUUCCAGGAGAGUCUAUUAGCAGGCAAAGACCACCCCACGAUCCCUCUCGUCAAGACGAUUCCCACAUACCUCACAUUAUUUAUUUUCGGAUUCGUGUACGAAUUGGUGCUGGUCUACGAUGCUCUGCGACUAAAAAACACCAUUCAAGUCAUUGGACUGUGCUUCUACAACUGUGGGAUGUUGAUCUAUGCUUCCAUUCAGUAUGACCAGGUCAACAAGGCUAUCACGGGACUUCGUGACUGGGUUGGUCCCAAAACCAAGGAAGCAUUGCCAUACAUAGCUCCCCAAGAUGAUGUUUGGUCAAUCAUUCGACCUUAUAUACUGGCAGUUCCGUGCAUCAUUGCAUUCUUUACCAUACUCAUGUCGGUCAUUGCUUGGAAACUUUACGAUGAGUUUGCGUGGACAAUCUACAAGCACAUCAGUGCGGACCUCCGAAUGAAGCGCCGGUUCUUGACUUUCCAGAUCUACAUCGCCAUCUUGAAAUUCGAUUUCUUCUUCUUCCUAGGUUUUACGGUCCAGUUUCUUGUUAUCGUCACCAAUGUCACCGAUACGGAAUUUGGCCUUACUAUUGCUGCGAUCCCAAUCACGGUCUUGAUUCUGUUUAUGGCUUCUUUUUGGACCCGCCGUGAAAACAAGUUUGGCAUGGUCAUUACUAUCUUCAUGUACUUUGCCGGUAUGGCAUAUUUCAUCUUCAAGCUCGCCAGGAUGUAUCAACCAGCCCACAGAGAUUUCUACCUACCAGCGCGAAAGAAUCUCACCAGUUUUGCUGUCAUCACUAUUGUUUUGAUUGUUCUUACAAUCAUAAAUGCGUGUUUCUGCACGGCCAACUUUGACAAAGGGUUGAAGCAACAUGUUAUGAAGCGUAAAAUAGGUGGAGAGGAGGAGAAGUUGGACAAUAUGACCGAACUACCAGAUCUUAAACCCGGGCAUGCCGCAAAUUCAAGCCGGAUGACAAUCGACUAG